AUGUCUAACCGACCACUCGGGCCUUUUCCUAUUCCUGAGACCUAUCACCCAAUUAUUCAGGGGCUGAUAAACAUGAUUACACGCAAUCCCUGGGAGGACAAAUUUGUUAAAGCGGUCUCUGACGCCCACAAGACAGGUGUCGAAGAUAUGGUUAAUAUAAUAACUUUGACUGACUACUACAAUUUUCUUCAUUACUUGUUGUUGUGGGUACCCACAGAGAAUGAACCAGGAUCUCUCGUUAGCAAUAUGCUUUGCGCAAUGUACUUUGUUCUCGAUCAGAAAUCUGUCAAGCCGCUCCAGUCACCCAUUAUACCUUCGUCGUAUCCACCACCGCCGUUGACGGAGCUUUCGCAAUGGAUAGUCUACUUUGCCUGUGUGAUGGGACAAUUUCUCAAUACACCUCAAUCACUUACUGAGGAAUCUCUAAAGACUUUUUAUAUGUCCGAUAAGUACAACAUGAGUAGUUAUGAGCCUCCCC